AUGUUCAAAUUUGUAUCUUUCUUUGCCUUACUUGCCGUAGCUGCUGCUGCACCUGGUUUAACGCAUGUUGCUCCCAUUGUGCCUGUAGUGAGAACAAUUGCAUCUCCAGUCGUGCACACAUAUGCUGCACCUAAUCUAGUGAAGACUGUACAUGCUUCUCCAAUUGUGCCAGUUGUUAAGACUAUUGCCCCAGUUGUUCCAGUAGUGAAGACUGUUCAUGCCGCUCCUAUAGUCCAUACUGUUGCUGCUACUCCAAUUGUUCACUCUGUGCCUGUAAUCAAGAGUUAUGCUGCUCCUGUGCCAAUAAUAAAAUCAGUAGUACCAGUCGUACAUACAGCACCUAUUAUUAAGAGUGUUCUUACUGCUCCAGUUGCCCAUAUAAUUCAUUAA